AUGAGGUGCCUAACUUGGAACUGCCGUGGAUUAAGACGAUCCACGGCAGAGAGGACCCUCUGGGGUCUUAUCUACGAUUCAAAUGCAUAUUUUCUUUUUCUUUCUGAGACUAAAGUUACUGCGGAGGCUAUGGGUACUGUGAUGAAUCGCUCGGGGUUCAUGAAUCAUUGGUGCAUCCCGACCAAUGGCUUUGCGGAGGGAUUUUGUAUUGCCUGGAGAAUAGGUGUGAUGUGUAAUGUUGUUGAUACGUAUGAAAUUGGUUUCUUAGUGUCUUUCCAAGCUAAUAUGGGAUUCCCGGAAUGGAAAAUGUUUUGUGUUUAUGGCACCCCCUACGGUGCCUCUAAAAGGGGAUUCUGGAGUUGGCUCACAGAGAUAGUGAGUGAGUGUAAUGAUCCUUGGGCUCUUGUGGGUGAUCUUAAUGUUACUCUUGAUCAUACGGAAAAGAUAGGAGGCAGAGAAUAUGAUGCUAGGGAAGGGGAAUUUUUGAGAAAUUUUUUGUUUAAGUGUGGUGGGAUUGACCUGGGUAGUGAUGGUGGCAUUUUCACUUGGCAGAAUUCGACGCUCGCACCUAAUCGUAUUCGGAAAAGACUUGAUAGAUUUAUUGUUGAUGGAGUUUGGUGCAUUGCUUCCUCAAAUUCCCAGGUGCAGAACUAUCAUAUUAUUCGCUCGGAUCAUAUGCUCCUAUUUUAUUGGACAAUUGGGGUGACACUUUGA